UGGCAGAAAUCCGCAACAUACUGGCACCGGAGGAGCCUCAGCCAGAGUCUUAAGUAGGAGGUGGAUGAUUAAGCAAUGGUGUCAGCUGUGCAACUCAGUACAGGUCCUGAUCCGCUUCCCCAUCCAGAGGAACGUGAUUGUGAUCCCUAAGUCGAUCACACCUCAGCGCAUUCGGGAGAAUUUCCAGGUAUUUGACUUUGAACUAACUGAGGAGGAAAUAAAGACUAUAUUAGGAUUCAACCGGAACUGGAGAGCCUUUCCAAUGCUAUGGAGCACAAAACACAAGGACUUUCCUUUCAAUACUGAAUUCUGAGAAGAAAUAUGCCAGUUCUCCACAGGUUAAGCGUCUGUGCAGCAGUUUAUUUCUUUACAAGCUAGGAUGAAAAACACCACUUGUUACUGGUCUUGUCUGCAUGCGGUUUUUACAAUACCAUUAAUAAAAGUUAAAGCCAU